AUGGGAGCAGAUGACACCUGUGUGCUGGCUCACCUCCAUACCCGAGCCCCGGGCCUCCGGGUUCCGCUACUCCAAAGUUACCGGUUCGGACUCACCGUGCGGAGCCGGAGGUCGAGGGCCCGGGAGGGGUGCCCGGGAGCAGGGGCCGUAGCUGCUUCAGCAGCUGUAACAACCAGCGGCGGCAGCACCCCGCUGGCAGCUCCGGCCGAAGCAGCGCCUCGCGCCGGCCUCCGCGACGUCACCGCCGCGCGCCGGUCGCCCGGUGCCUCCUGGCAUCUGACUUCAUCCUCCUUUGUAUCCUACUCUACUCCAGGACUAUGCCAAUCUGUGGCCAUGCUCCCACCAGCUGCUCUACUCCUGCCCCUCCUACUGGUGAUAGGCAUAGGGGGGCCUGUGCCCAGCCCCCGGGCACCUCCCCAGGGCUGCUACGUGGCAGAGGAAGCCGGUGAGAGGACAUUCCGCUGCAGCCAGGCAGGCUUGAGUGCUGUGCCCACCGGCAUCCCCAAUGACACCCGCAAGCUCUUCCUGGAUGCCAACCAGCUGGCAUCGUUGCCAGCCGGUGCCUUCCAGCACCUGCCCAUCCUGGAAGAGUUGGAUCUGUCCCAUAAUGCCCUUGCCCACCUCUCAGGGGCAGCUUUCCAGGGUCUGGCAGGCACUCUACGCCACCUUGACCUCUCUGCCAACCAGCUGGCCUCGGUGCCCGUGGAGGCCUUUGUGGGGCUGCAGAUCCAAGUGAACCUGUCUGCCAACCCAUGGCGCUGUGACUGUGCCCUCCAGGAAGUGCUCAGGCAGGUGAGGCUGGUGCCAGGCACUGGGACAGGCAUUGUGUGUGGCCCAGGAGCCCGACCAGACCUUGUGGGGCAGGAGUUCCUGCUGUUGGCUGGGGAAGAAGAGCUGUGUGGGACAGGGCGGGGUGGGGCUCGGAGGAGCACUGAUGUGGCCCUGCUGGUCACCAUGGGGGGCUGGCUAACACUGGUGGUGGCUUAUCUGAUCCACUAUGUGUGGCAGAACCGGGAUGAGACCCGGCGUCCCCUCAAGCGAGUCCCUGUGCUGCAAGUGCGCUCUGAGGACUCCUCCACCCUCAGCACAGUGGUCUGA